AUGAGUUUAUUUGGCACAAACUCCGGUUUUGGAACGACGGGAACUGGCGUUUUUGGAAGCGCCACGACUGACACACAUAAUCCCAUGAAGGAUAUUGAAGUGUCUUCUCCACCUGAUGACAGCAUCAGCUGCCUGGCUUUCAGCCCCCCCACCAUGCCGGGGAAUUUCCUCAUUGGAGGAUCCUGGGCUAACGACGUCCGCUGUUGGGAGGUACAGGACAAUGGACAAACUGUCCCCAAAGCUCAACAAAUGCACACCGGUCCUGUGCUUGAUACAUGCUGGAGUGAUGAUGGGAGUAAAGUGUUCACAGCUUCCUGUGACAAGACAGCCAAAAUGUGGGAUCUCAAUAGUAAUCAAGCGAUGCAGAUUGCACAGCAUGAUGGCCCGAUCAAGUCGAUUCACUGGAUAAAAGCACCUAACUACAGCUGUGUCAUGACAGGAAGCUGGGACAAAACACUGAAGUUUUGGGACACCCGCUCUCCCAAUCCUAUGAUGUCUCUGCAACUACCAGAGAGAUGUUACUGUGCAGAUGUAGUGUAUCCGAUGGCAGUGGUGUCCACAGCUGAGCGGGGACUGAUUGUGUACCAGUUGGAGAACCAGCCGUCUGAAUUUCGCAGAGUUGAAUCUCCUCUUAAACAUCAGAGCCGCUGUGUGGCCAUAUUCAAAGACAAGCAGAACAAGCCAACGGGCUUUGCACUGGGAAGCAUUGAGGGACGUGUUGCCAUCCACUAUAUAAACCCUCCCAACCCAGCCAAAGACAACUUCACCUUCAAGUGCCACAGAUCUAAUGGAACCAACACAGCAACGCCACAGGACAUUUACGCCGUCAACGCCAUCUCCUUCCAUCCCGUCCAUGGAACUUUGGCAACUGUCGGCUCAGAUGGUCGCUUCAGUUUUUGGGACAAAGACGCCCGCACAAAGUUGAAGACGUCGGAGCAGCUUGAUCAGCCCAUAACAGCCUGCUGCUUUAACCACAAUGGCAACAUCUUUGCAUAUGCUUCCAGCUACGACUGGUCGAAGGGCCACGAGUACUUCAACUCCCAAAAGAAGAACUACAUUUUCUUGAGGAAUUCUGCAGAGGAGCUGAAGCCUCGGAACAAGAAAUGGUGA